AUGGUAGACAUCGAGAAGCACGUCGACGAAUCGCCCAAGUCGGCCUCUUCCGUCUCCUCUGCCGACUACACUCACAUCAACGAGAAGUCUCUGCUACGUAAACUCGAUUGGAAACUGCUUCCUGGUGUCUCCCUACUGUACCUCGUUUCCUUCCUGGAUCGCAGCAACGUUGCCAAUGCCCGUUUGGAUGGUCUGGUCGCUGAUCUACAUAUGACCGGCAAUGAAUACCUCACUGGCCUCACCGUGUUCUUCGUCGGUUAUAUCUCACUGGAGGUCGUGUGGAAUCUGAUACUCAAGAAAAUCGGACCUAGGAUAUGGCUACCUGCUGUGACUGUCGUGUGGGGCAUUGUCACGGCUCUGCAAGGCAUUCUGGUGAAUAAAGUAGGAUUCUUUGUCAUCAGAACUGCGCUCGGUGUUGCUGAAGGCGCUCUGUUUCCUGGUGUAANNGUGGUAUUCUACCUAUCAAUGUGGUACAAGAGAGAAGAGAGAACAUACCGAGUGGCUCUUUUCUUUUCAGCGGCCAGUUUAGCCGGUGCUUUUGGUGGUAUCCUGGCAUAUGNGUAUUGGCUUCAUGAGAGGUAUUGCAGGUCUCAAUGGCUGGGCCUGGAUCUUCAUCAUCNNGAAGGCAUAGCUACUGUUCUCAUAGGGAUAGCAGCGUACUGGUUCAUUGUCGACUGGCCUCAGAAGAGCACCUUCCUCGCUCCAGAUGAGAAAGCCUUUGUGACUGCACGCCUCAAGGCUGACAGCGAUGCUUCCAACAGCGAAGAAUUCGAAUGGUCAGAAGUCUGGAAAGCUUUCAAGGACCCCAAGGUCUGGUUGUACUGUGCACACUUCCACACCCUGAGUUUACCACUAUAUACCCUCUCUCUUUUCCUGCCCUCGAUCAUCAAGAGUCUAGGCUAUACAGCUUCCUCCGCCCAGCUCCUCACCAUCCNNCCCCCUUACGCUGUGGCGACCACUCUGACUGUCGUCUACGCCAUCACAGCUGAGAGGUUCCGCCGGAGAAACGUCUUCAUCAUAACCUCGUCCCUUACCGGUAUAAUCGGCUAUAUAAUCCUGCUUGCCAACGAACAUCCCACUCGACAUCCUGGCGUAAGCUACGUCGGUACUUUCUUCGCCGCAGCAGGUAUCUACCCUUCUACAGCUCUGGCUCUGUCGCUUCCAGCCAUCAACGUAUCUGGUCAGACGAAGCGAGCUACAGCGACAGCUAUGCAAAUCACAAUUGGAAACCUGGGCGCGAUAUUGGGCACUCAGUUGUACAGGACUGAGACGGCUCCGAGAUAUGUCUUGGGUCAUUCAUUUGCACUCGCAUACCUGUAUUUAAAUGUUUGUGUUGCUAUGCUGACGUGGUGGACUCUGAACAAAGAAAACAAGAGAAGGGAUGUAUUAGAAGAGCAAGGGGUCCAAUCGCAAGAGCUGGAACAAGGUGUGCAAGGUGAUAAUGAUAUUAGAUGGAGGUUCACUGUAUAG